AUGGCAACUGCUUCGGUCUCUACGCCAGUGAAGACCCAUCAUGGGAUCUUCUCCUCCAAGACCGCUGGGGGUCGUAUGCCCCUGACUCCCUCUCCCAACACUCGGGUGACUCCCAGAGCAUCUGAUGAGUCGUCGCCAUUCACCCCUCAGAAGGCAGACGCAGGCUGCGAGAAGCCCAAGUCUGUCUACGGCGGUAACCUAUCCUCAUACUUUGCCAAAUCCUCUGGCUCAAAGACCACCGUGCCAAAGUCAUCAGUCCCCAAGCCAUCAGCCCCUAAGGCUUCCGUCGCCAAAUCCUCCGUUGCCAAGUCGUCUCGCACACACCGUGAUUCUCCUAAGUCGAACAUUGCACGCACCCGUCACUCCCCAAAGCAUCUGCAGCUUGGUGUCUCGGACUGGUCUCUGACCGGUACCGGUCCUUCUUCUUCUUCUUCUUCCUCCUCCUCCCAGACCCCCUCAAAGGAGCGCACUCGACGGGAGGUGACUACUCGGGCUCGUCCUACCAAGACCACUGUUCGCAUUUCCCACAAUGCCGGGGAUCGAUUCAUCCCUAAUCGAACGGCUAGCGAGGGCCUUGUCACAAGCGGCGCAGCUAAGCCCGACGAGAGCCAGCGUCCCAAGACAAGCGGCAGCGAGGGUUCGACCGUUCUGGCAUCUGCUGCCAGCGCCUUCGAUAUCAGUGGACGUGCAGUUGAAGAUGAUUUGACUGCGGCUUUGGACAACCUGGGCCUCGAUGAUAAUGAACCACCAAACUACACCCGCCCCCCUCCAGACGCUGUUGCUUACGAGUCGUCGCUGGCAAACGCCUGUGCCAAGUCCCAGAACGCCCAGUUCCGCCGACGAGUUCAGACUGCCCCGGAACGAGUCUUGGAUGCCCCCGGUCUCCUGGAUGACUACUAUCUCAACUUGUUGGACUGGAGCUCAGGCAACCAGGUCGCCAUUGGUCUCGAGCGCAACGUUUACGUCUGGUCUGCCGAGACUGGCACUGUCAGCUGCCUUCUGGAAACCUCGCCCGACACCUACAUCAGCAGUGUGAAGUGGAGUGGCGAUGGUGCAUACGUUGGCGUUGGUCUUGGAACCGGCGAGGUUCAGAUUUGGGACGUCGAGGAGGGAUCCAAGCUCCGCAGCAUGUACGGCCAUGACUCUCGUGUGGGUGUGAUGGGCUGGUCCAAGCACACUCUUUCAACUGGCGCUCGUAGCGGUCUCGUGUUCAACCACGACGUUCGCAUUGCGGAUCACAAGGUUGCCGAGCUAGUUUCCCACACUUCGGAGGUGUGUGGUUUGGAGUGGCGCUCGGAUGGUGCUCAGCUUGCUACCGGCGGAAAUGACAACCUGGUCAACAUCUGGGAUGCCCGCUCCCUUAGCGCUCCCAAGUUCACUAAGACCAACCACCGUGCUGCCGUCAAGGCUCUGAGCUGGUGCCCCUGGCAAUUGAACCUCCUCGCCACUGGCGGUGGCUCCUACGAUCGUCACAUUCAUUUCUGGAAUACUACCACCGGUGCCCGUACCAACAGCAUCGAUACUGGCUCUCAAGUGACCAGCCUCCGAUGGAGCAACCACUACCGUGAGAUUGUCAGCUCCAGCGGCUUCCCCGACAACUCGCUCAGCAUCUGGAGCUACCCGACUUUGGUCCGUAACGUUGAGAUUCCUGCCCACGAGACUCGCGUUCUGCACAGCAGCCUUAGUCCCGAUGGCCAGAUCUUGGCCACCGCUGCUGCGGAUGAGAGCCUGAAGUUCUGGAAGGUGUUUGAGCGCAAGGCUGGCAGCAGCGCUUCUGCUUCCCGCGAGGGCGGUGUUGGUAGCAAGGCCCAGCUGACCAAGUCAAUGACUAUUCGGUAA